GGGCAAGCCGGUGACGCAGCACUACAAGAACUUGCUCUGGCUCGGGGAGGACGAGCCGAUGAUCCAUACAGCCUCCGCCAGAGGGCUGUCGAAGAAGGUCACGACCGCCGACGCCAGUUUCAGCAUACUGGGGUAUGCUCCCUGCAAGGACUGGAAGGGCGCCGUGGUGACGAGCGUCGCCCAGCCACUUUGA